AUGCUCGAUAUACUUGGAAUCAGACCGCCCGAGCGGCGCAAGUACACCAGGCCAGGUGAUCCUGUUACUACCGUCAAUCUGCCAGUGAAAACCCUUCGCGUGAAGCCCGAUAAUCGUGCCCGCAUCUAUCGGUCAAUGUCACUCGUCAGCCUCCUUACCGCUAAGUGUAAUAUAGACCGUGGAAGUACCCACAUUUUGCAACUCUUUCGGGUCAGGCAGAAAACUAGGGAAAAUGGGAGGCAGGCCGCAACACAGCCACCCGAUGUGAGAAAGACUACUGCCUUCCCGCAACAGAGAUCAAAUAUUCAUUCGGACAUAUCCAUUGUAUAUCCCAGUGCCAACAUCCUUCAUCCAAUGUCGCACCAAAGCCUUCGGGAUCAAAAAAGUCGAAUAUCAUACAAAACUACGCUGUGGAACCGUGUUCGAAAUCUACUCUAUGACGUUGGACAUAUAUUACAAGUAUACAAAGAAAUCCAAGUGUCCGUGUCUAUAUAUCUUUCUCUUGGCGCGUAUAUCUUUUCGACGAACAAACCCAACCGAUAA